AUGCCAGCCCAAGAAAACCUCGCAACCGCCUCAAGCGGAGCCAAAGUCUCGCUCGCAACCUCAUAUCACCCGCAAUAUCCCGCUCAGAAUGUCAUUGACGGGAAUAGCAAAACAUUCUGGGUGACGACGGGACUGUAUCCGCAGGAAUUGAUUGUCUCGUUGCCUAAGACUGUUAAUCUGAAGAGGGUUGCUGUUACGUGUACUAAAGUGGCACAUGUGACGACGGAAGUUUCGACAGCGGAGAAACCGGCGGGGUUUGAGAGGUUAACUGAUCAAGACGUAGAAGACACAGACCAAUCCUUCCAAAUGAUAACCCCCGCAUUACCCAAAAGCCAAGUAGCAGCACGGCACAUCCGUUUCAUAUUCACAAAAGGCCACGGCCCGUUCGUGUCGGUGCACAAGGUGGUGAUUUACGGCGGGGAGAUUGGAAGUCAGACUGACACUGACGAGGGUGCGCCGCUUGUGCUGGCAGCAGAUUUUCUGCCAUGA